CUCGCCCUUCAGCUCCUCGUCACCUGCGGCAAGACUCCUCCACCCGGUUACACUUGCUCCCUUUAAACCCCCAUCCCAAAAGGUUCGCAAUUACGUUCAAGGCGCGGUUAAGGUUUGAAGGAUUGACAUGAAAGGAUGUCAAACUGUUAGGCCCGUGAUUUCAUUAUUAUUUAAAUCUUAAUUAUCUACCCUACCCUAGACUCUCUCCCUCCCCCCUCCCCCCUCCCAUUAUUGCUUUCAAAACUCUCUCUACAGUAUGUUGUGGACUGGAUUUGUACGAGCACAUUUGUUUCUUCUUUCUUUAAAUUUGCGCACCCAUUAAAUGAUGGAGACUUCAGAGCUCAUAAUCACAGUUUGUCUUGUUUCCACGCUCUUUGAAGUUUCGUUAGCUCUUCCCCUCGUAAAACCACCCGCUCCAAUGCCGGCAUUAUGGCCACCACCCCCGGGUGCAAAACCACCGAGAGCUCAACCUCCAAAACCACGACCGCCAGCGUCGCGGCCACCACCGCCCGCGCCCAAACCACAACCGCCAGUGCCAGUGCCGCCAAAGGCGCCAUUGCACGUGCCCCCGCCACCAAAGGCGCUUCCACCACCGCCACUGCCUCCUACGGCGGCUUGCCCGAUAGACACGAUGAAGCUCGGGGCAUGCGUGGAGAUAUUAGGCGGGUUGAUUCACAUCCACAUCGGUGACCCUGCGAUAGGGCAGUGCUGCCCUAUGCUUGGAGGACUGUUGGGGUUAGAAGCUGCGAUGUGCAUGUGCUCCACAUUCUGCAUGAAGAUGAUGAAUCUCACCAUUUUUAUGCCAGUGGCAAUUGAACUCAUUGGGAUGUGUGGCAUGUCCAUUCCUCCGGGUUACAAGUGCGACAUCUCAUCAAGAAUUCACUCCAAUGCAAGCCGCUAUUGCUAAUAAGUACAUUUAUUGAAAGAGUCAUUGUUCCUUGUCCACUGAAUUAUACUCCGUAAAUGCUAUAUAUAGGCGGUAUCCGUGAUUAGCCGUGGCAGCGCCACGUACGCGGUGAUCACGGUUUGGAAAAGAUGUUUCACUUCUUUCUUUAUUUUUUUAAUUCAAUUAUUCUUUGUGAAAUUUGCAUUGAAUAGGACUAAAACAUAAGUCAUUUC